AUGACUCUACAGGAAACUAUGAUCAGUCAAGAACUUGCUAAUGUAGAUUUAUCUAAGGUUGCAGCCUUACAACAGAAGCGAACAUUGGCAUUUGUGAACCAUUUUGUGCUUACUAAUGUGCAGUUUUUGAACAAUUUCAUGAAGACAUGUGAACAGAAACUUAUGGAUUUUGAAAAGAAACUGGAGAAAGUGAAUGCUGCCAUGGUUUUAUUGGAGGCCAGACUCUCAUCCAUACCAGAAUUGAACACAGCAACACCAACACCAGUUCAAAAGCCAGCUGAAGUCACAGAAACCACAUCAACUGAAGAAACUCCAGCGUCAGAACCACAGAACACAGUGCCUGUCCAAGAUUCAAAGGAACAAGAAACUCCCAGCGAGUCCACAGAUACUGUAGAAGGCAAACCUUCACAUCCUGAGUAUGACAGAUUUGUCAAAAUGGUACAAGUUGGAGUACCAUUACAAGCUGUGAAACUAAAACUAUCAUUGGAAGGAUUAGAUCCUAAUAUUCUUGAUCAGAUCUUGGGGAAAUAA